CAUUUUUUACACACGUCAACAGGUGUAUCUGAAUUUGAUAUACGAUAAGUCAAAAUUGGGUUUUUAUUUGACUUUUACAGAUAGCCGCCUCACCCGAAAAUCAAGAGCCCUUCUGAUCGGCGGCACUGCCGGCGGAGCCGUUAUUAGGUCUAGAUUUACUCCUCCAAUUCUCCUUCAAUAUCGAUUCAAUUAUUGUUUCUUCAUAGACGCCAUCAGCUCAUCACUGUGGAUCACCCCCUGUUCUCCUAACCCUAAUUGUAAUCUUAGGGUUUGCGAUUUGUGUUUCUCUUUUCUUGUAGGGGGUGAUUGUUGAACCAAUCCAAUCAUUUUUUGACAAAAAUGGUGAGGAGUUGCGUUCAAUCGUUGCUGAAACUGGUCAAUUCGUUCAUCGGAAUGUUAGGGAUCGCGAUGAUCAUUUACGGCUUGUGGAUGAUUAGGGCUUGGCAGCGGCAAAUGGACGGCUCAGAUUACCCUACUCCAUGGUUCAUAUACGCCACGCUUGGACUUGGUGCAACUUUGUGUGUGAUCGCAUGCUCCGGUCACAUCGCCGCAGAGACCGCAAACGGAUGUUGCCUCUAUUGUUAUUUGGUCUUUAUCUUUUUGCUUUUGAUGGUGGAAGGUGCGGUCACAACGGAUGUAUUUCUAAACCGGAAUUGGGAAGAGGACUUUCCGAAAGAUCCAAGUGGGAAUUUCCAUGAGUUUAGGGAUUUUAUUAAGGAGAAUUUCGAUAUAUGCAAAUGGGUCGGCUUGUCCAUUCUUGGUGCUCAGGGGUUGUCUAUAUUUUUGGCACUCAUUCUCAAAGCUCUUGGGCCAUGGCCAUAUCAUGAAGUAAAUUAUGAUAGUGAUGAUUAUGCAACCAUUGAAGAUUAUCCACUUUUAAGAAAUUACCCAAAUCAACCCCGUUAUGUUGUUGGUGCUCCGGUCUAUGGCACUAGAUGAUUUUUGAUAUGGACAAUCAGGUUGUUACAUGGAAACAUGUUGUGGGAGCUUCGGGAAGAUUCGUUAUUUGGUUAAGUGUAAAACGAAAGAUGUUUUGUUCGUGGAAGGUUAAAUAGAAUUUAUUCAAACAUAUUUAGUGUAAAAUGCUGUUAAUUAUUUAUUAUAUAUAGGAAAUUAAAAUUGAGGUAGCAA